AUGCAGAUCCGAAACCUCCUUGUUCUCGCUGCUUUGGCGACCGGUGUCUAUAGUGCCGGUUACGGGUCCGCAUAUUGUCAAUUCGAUACUGUAAGUCCCAUCCUCUUCUUCUGUAGACAACAUCAGGCAUAACCCGCUAGGAUUUGAAGUCUUUCUGUAGUAUCUAGAAUAAGUAUUAAUUUUUCAUAGGGCGAGAGCUACAAUAUGGCGACUGAAAACGCAUGUGAUACCUUGAAGGAUAGUGGUUGCGACGAUUGCAAGAAAGUAGGAAACCCUAUCAGGUGCAUUAGUACUGGGAAAAAGAUUGAUCCGCACAAGGUAUGCAUUUUCCGGUCGUUCGACAUGAAUAAUAGCAAGCUAAUAGUAUUAUGAAACAGUGGGAGGCCGGCUGUAUCAGAAAUGGCGCCAAAUCCGCAGCUGGAAAUUAG